CCAUCUGCCAAGAAAUCCCUUGUAUAAGUACUACUCAUCAGGUGGGUAGACGAAGCAAAAGCAAUCGAGAAACACACAGAUCCGUUGACAUCGGUGUCUGUCUGUGUGUGUGUGGUUCAGGGACUGCCGGUGAGAGAUCUGUUGCCCUGUGACGAUGGAGGCCGAGUUGGCCGCUCGGCGGUUCAGCGCUCGUGCGAUUCUCAAGGAGCUGCACGUGCCCGUGACGGCCAUCGGUGACGCCAUCAGCCAGCUGCACACACAGGUCCGCCAGGCUGACGAGGCCGCCCACGUGGCCGCCCAGCGAAAGAGGCAGCAGCACGGCGCAUCGGACCCCUCGGCGGCCUCGCGUGACGACACUUUGGUGCUGAAUGUGGGCGGCCAUCUGAUGAGCGUCAGGCGGCAGCACGUGACUCAGGGAGAGGGGGUGGAGGGCACUCCGCUGGCGGCCCUCUUCGGGGGCUGCUGGGAGGACCGACUCAUAAAGGACGACAGCCAGCGGGUGUUCCUCGACAUCUGCCCGGAGGCCUUUAAGGCCGUUCACAAGGCCAUCCUCAAUGCCGAGACCCUUCGCAGCGCCGGCAAGGCGGCGUCGGUCGGCCACCUGCUCAAUAAAGUGGCCAAGCGCGACAAGGGUGACGGCAAUAAAGGCGAUGACACAGUCUUCUCGUUUCGUCAUUUUGCCUUUGGCUGCCUGUGUGUGGUGUGUCUGUCAGGUCGCCAUGGCUUCUGGGUCAAGCUGUUGAUGACGCCUCUCAACAAGGAUCGCCCAUCGGCGAGGAUGCGGCAGACGCGGCCCCCUGUGCCCCGGCUGGCGGCCACUGACAUGCCUUCCGGCAGCGGCGACACAGUCAGGAAGCUCGAAGGCAUUAUAAGGGCAUACGCCGCCGAGAGGGCCCGGCUGGAGGGACAGCUGCGGGCCGCCGACAAACGACGCGACAAUCUCGACAAAGAGAUAAAGGUGACGAUAUGAGCAGAGGUGGAGGAAGAGGCCGUUGGUCUGAUGGUUGUGGCUGUGUGUGUGUGUCAGGCCGUCGAGCCCUUUCUGCUGCCUCUGAGUGGCGGCGAUACCAUUCGGUCGGUCGAGGUGUGUGGUCAGCUCAUCUCGACCACUCAGUCCACUGUGGACGAAAUGGGCGACAUCGCACUGGCCAACCGAUUUGACCUGUGAGCCCAUCACACCAACACACUCAGGACACACUGAUGUGUUUCUCACUGCUUGUGUGCCGUCAGGUGGUCCAGCAGCCGAGCGGUGGAGGUGGUGGAUCCCGACCACAUCGGCCGCAUGGUCGCCGUCUACCGCAGAAAGCGACUCGGCGCCUCGCCGGCCGACAUGGCCGCCGUCCUGACGAUGGCUGGCAAGACGGACCAGCCGCCAUUUGACGUCAACGCGGCCAUGUACGGCAUUGUCAAGACCGACACACCCACACCACAGGCCAGGUGAGACCCAACAGGGAGCAGACAAGAGCAAUUGGCCAUCUUUGUUGCAUUCUUUUCAGUGUCGGCCGUCGGACCGGCACAUUGCCGUCUGGUUGUCGAUAUGAGGUGGUGCAGGAGGGCUACGGCGGCAGAGUGCCCACACUUUCUAUCGACACCGUCGAGUACGACUACAUUGGGUGGCGUGAUGGAUUCGACGGCCGGGACAAAGCAUUCGAUUACCGUGGGGAUGUGGGUCGUUUGUCCGAUCUGGAUGGGUGGCUGAAAACGGCGUUGUUUUGGAUGAGGGAGGGGGAGGUCAGACGAUUCAGACUGCCAGACGAAAAUCACGCCCCCUACCGUCAGCUGCACUUGAUCAGCAUAGUGUAGGAGAGAGAGAGUGCACACACACACAGAUGGGGGCGGCUCUGUCUGUGACACACACUCAUGUGUGAGGCCGGGAGCCCUCCCUCGUCGCCUGGCUGACUGUGGGCUUUGGUUUUGAGCGAUGGAGUGAGUGCGUUGGCUGUGUACUGUCCAACGGCAGCGAGGGGGGGGGAUUUUUAUCACAUCGUUGAUGUUAAGGUGUGUGUGUCGCCUCUCUCCCCCCCACCUAUAUAUCGAACGAUCUGAUGGACGAUGGCCAACUAAAUGAAUGAAAGACAUACAUAUAUACGUCUCGU